CUCUAUAUCGACAAUAAUACCGCGAUAAAGUUGUCGAAGAACCUAGAGUUCUAUUUACGAACGAAGUGUAUAGAACUCCGAUAUUACUUUCUUCGAGAACAAGUUACAGAGGGUACGAUAAACAUCGCGCGAGUUAAUACGAAGGACAACCUAGCGGACAUGUUUACAAAGGCGCUUCCGAGAGCUACGUUCGAAGGCAUUCUUAAAAGGCUUUACCUUAAUCCCCUAAAUAAUAUACGGUUAGUAUAG